UUUCUCUGUUAAUAUUUAUUCAGAUGCCAUUUGAGAUGAAAUAUUUUUAUUUUAGACAUUUAUAAUCGUCCAAUAACGAGUCUGAGAUAUUUAUACACAGCUCCAAUUUUCCACUGACUGUUUAUCAACACCCCAGACUCCUUACUGAUCUAUUACACAACAAACUGAACUUUGAAGACUUGGCCGGACGGGACACCUACGGAAGCCAGUGGAAUCAAGUCACUGGUUUGCAGCAUGCAAAGGAGACUUAUACAUGGACGAGUGAGGAACAAUAAGAGCCACACUGCAAGAAUGGUGUUGCCUUGGAAGGUUGAAGCCAAUGAACCAAAGGGUACAACUUAACCAGGAGGUUUAUAUCAUUUUUAAGUUUUGUUGUUAUGAGGCUGAGGUUUUGAGAGAAGCAAAUGCCUUAACAACAUGCCUAUCUCCUCCCCAACUCAUAACCCACAAAGCAGGGGUUUGUGAACCCAGUGAUGGACGAGCGGAGGCAAAUACGGAGGGUACUUUGCCUAUAACAAAGAGAGCGGUAAAUAAACGUACACUCGGGAUGCAUAAAGUACAUAGAAGUCUGGUUUCAAGGCAAAAGACAUGCCAAAGGAGUCUUCUACGAUGCUCAGGGAAGAGUUUCCUCUGGAGUCAAGAAAAGGAUAGUUCUUGUAAUCGAUGGUUUAAACCGUUUUGUUCAAGGCUCUUUUAA